AUGGAUAACCUGUCUCUUUUCUUUUGGGAGAAGAUGAUUGGUAGUGUGUCUUCUCGCUUCACUGAUUUGUUGACUAUCGGCCAUAGAUUGGAAGAAGGAAUCAAGAUUGGUAAUGUGUCUAAAUCUGCUAGUGAAUCCUCUAAUGGUGCAAAUAAAUCUUUCAGAAACUUCCAAAAGAAGAAAGAGGGUGAAAUAAUUGAUGUUUCAAAUGAGAGAGGAGGACCUCACUGUAGGCCUCAGUACUAUGAUCAACCACAAGUAGCCGUUGUUGCUCCUAUGUUCAAUGCUCAACCAAUUCAGGUUCCUCAACGUCAAGCCGUGGGACAAAAUUAA